UUCAUCAGUCAUCAGAAGCUGCGAAGCAAAUAGCAGACAGACGAAAAUGGCGAUUUUGCCAACCUCGUUGCACCUAACAAGAAGUGAUUUUCUCCAAAGCAAUCCCUAUUCCUUCAGCAUGCCUUCGAAGCCCGCACGCCGCUGCACCCGCCAUCCGUUUGUUAUUACCUUUUCUAACAAACCCAGGAGCGAAAUUGUUGGUAAUGACAAGAAAAGGGAGUUCCUUGAGAAGUACGGCCUUAAUCCAGAUGAGUUCUUACCUAAACAAUCUCGAAAGAUGAAGAGGAGAGGAGAGCAAGGGAAUUUGGAAAAGAAAAGCAAUACACCGGUGCAGGAGCCAAAGCCACCAAGAGAGACUCACAAAUUGCUUCAGGUACUCGGGGGAACGGCUCGGAGGAAAAAGUUGCUCUCACCAAAGAGUAUGGACGUGCGGCCUAUGAUGGAAGUUGUGAAGGGAGCAGCUUUUUCAAUUUUACAGGCAGCAGGUGGCUCGCCUCAAUCUCUGAGGCCUGGGCGUUGGUUGGACUUGUACAGUGGCACGGGAUCUGUUGGCAUUGAAGCUAUCAGCAGAGGAUGCUCUGAGGCCCACUUUGUGGAAAUGGAUCCUUGGGUUAUCUCAGAUGUACUGCAGCCUAACUUAGAAUCAACUGGAUUUCUCGAGGCUUCAGUUAUACAUACUGCCCGUGUUGAAACAUUCUUGGAAAAUGCACAACGAUAUCUAGGAAAAGAAGCGGAAUUCGAUUAUAUAAGUGUUACUCCUCCAUACAUGCUUGUUGAUUACGCAGUUCUGAUGGACCAGAUAUCUAAUUCCUCAGUUGUCGGGGAGAAUACAUUUGUAGUAGUUGAGUAUCCAUUGAGAACUGACAUGCUGGAUUCAUGUGCGAGCUUGGUAAAGAUAGCUGAUCGGCGGUUUGGCCGGACACAUUUAGCAAUAUACGGACCACAGUGGGCACAAAAGAAGAGUAAAUCAGAGACGUGACUGUCAUUAUCACACAAACGGUCUGAAAUGGAAACGGUUGCUUGAUUAGAAAUUUGUAUGUUUUCUGAUGAGCUCGAUCACGUUGCACCUGAUUAGUCAACUUGCAAUGCAAGUGCAGCUUAUGCUCCCAGGUAAAUCACCAACAAUAAGCUGCCCCUACUUGGGCCAACUAUUCAUGUCAAUUUAUAGUUGGACUUGUCUGUCAGAACUCUUCUUCAUCUUUGUAACAAAAUGUGAAGAGAUCAAUGCGCUCGGAUCUAUUGUAACCAGUUAAGCACGUUUCAUUGGCUGAAAUCUAGUUAUAGUUACUUGCCUUUGGUGCCCUUGGUGCUUGUAUAUAAUCCUGAAUUCGGCAUCUAUUGAAAAUUUUGUAGCAUUUUGUUUGGUCA